AUGUUUACGUGGAUGUCACACUGUCACGAAAUUUUGCCUUCCCAGAUGCUCAAACGUCGGUCUCCGAGCACGGACUAUGAACGGCCAUCGAAACGCGCCAAAUCUGUUUCUGGAGAUGAUGACUCCUCAGACGAUACUCCUGUCCCUUUCCAAACCAACCUUUCACGUCUCGUCAACCACAAGCCUCGUUCUCGAACUGACCACGAAGUUCCUGGUCACAAACCGACAUCCUUUGCUACCCUUGGGAUAUCUCCCUCGUUACAGUCUGCACUAUCCGCCAUGUCUAUAAAGACGCCCACAGAAGUUCAAGCUGCUUGCAUUCCCCCGUUAUUGCGAGGGCGAGAUUGCAUCGGGAACGCUAAAACAGGCUCGGGGAAGACAAUAGCUUUCGCUCUUCCGAUCCUCCAAAAGCUUUCUCUGGACCCUUUUGGUAUAUUCGCCCUUAUCCUCACACCGACAAGAGAACUCGCAUUUCAGAUUGCUGAGCAACUCGCUGUUGUGGGUGGACCUCUCAAUGCACGAACAGCCGUUAUUGUUGGUGGUAUGGACAUGAUGACCCAAGCCCUCGAGCUUGGGAAUCGGCCGCAUAUUGUUGUGGCUACACCAGGCCGUCUUGUGGACCAUCUAAAAAGUAGCAACGGUGAAUGGAAUUUGGCCAGAGUUAAAUUUCUAGUGCUAGACGAAGCAGACCGCCUUCUAAAUCCUACCUUCGCUCCGGAACUUGGCGUUAUCUUUGGAGCUCUUCCUAAAGAUAGACAGACCUGUCUAUUUACUGCCACGCUUACUCCCGCUAUCGAGGAACUUGCAGCAGCUCCACCUCGACCAGGCAAAGAUCGCCCGUUCGUACAUCGGAUGACGCAUGCAGUUGAAACCGUGGAGACCUUGCAACAGCUCUAUAUUCUCGUCCCAUCACACGUACGAGAGAUGUAUUUGUUCCAUUUACUUUGCAAUCCGCCUGAUUCGACUUUGCAUCUACGACGAGCACCACCUGAACCAAAGUCGACAAGAAAAGACAAGAAGAAAUCGACUGCUGACGAAGAUGAGACACCAGAGCAACCGCCACCAACGAUCAUAUUUUGUGCGCGGGCGAGAACGGCCGCCUUUUUGACGAAUUUCCUCAAAACCCUGUCUAUCCGCAGCACAGCGCUUCAUUCUCGGCUGACACAACGAGAGCGACUGAAUUCGCUGUCGCUAUUUCGGUCUUUUGUGGUGCCUGUCUUGAUCUGUACUGACGUCGCUGCUCGUGGAUUGGAUAUCGAGGACGUGGCUAUCGUCAUCAAUUGGGACCUCCCCAACGAACCAGAAGAGUAUACGCAUCGGGUGGGUAGAACAGCGCGUGCUGGGCGUGGCGGUGUGGCCAUCAGCUUCGUGACCGAGCGCGAUGAAGAGCGGGUGCUGAAAAUUGAAGACCGAAUCCGCAUCAAGCUUGAAGAGAUGACCCUCCCGGAGGCACGGGUCUUGGAAAAAAUGAAUGCAGUCGCAACGGCUAAACGAUUGGCCAAUAUGGAGCUACAUGACUCGAAGUUUGGAGAGAGAGAGGCAAUUCACGCGGCGAAAAGGAAGCGAGAACUCUGA